GAGCGGCCCCUGCUCCGGGAGUAACCGCGGUGCGGGGUCGGCUGCGCAGCCCCUCUGAGCCCCAGCCCUAGAGCCCGGAGGGUUGAGAAUCAUGGCUGCAGGAAAAUUUGCAAGCCUUCCCAGAAACAUGCCAGUGAAUCACCAGUUCCCCCUCGCCUCCUCCAUGGACCUUCUGAGCAGCAAGUCCCCUCUCGCUGAGCAUCGCACUGAUGCCUAUCAAGACGUGUCUAUACACGGCACCCUUCCACGGAAGAAAAAGGGCCCUCCUCCCCUCAGAUCCUGUGACAGCAUCAGUCUCAUGGGCACCCUUCCCCACUCCAAAUCCCCACGGCAGAGCUCGCCCCUGACCCAGGAUGCCAUCCAGGAAAAUCUGCUGCACGACUGGAAAAGUGAAAAAUUCACCUUCAGGGAUCCACAUCUUCUGGACCCAACUCUGGAAUAUGUGAAGUUCUCCAAGGAGAGACACAUCAUGGACAGGACCCCCGAGCGGCUAAAGAAGGAACUGGAGGAGGAGCUGCUGCUGAGCAGUGAGGACCUGCGGAGCCACGCCUGGUACCAUGGCCGCAUCCCCCGACAGGUGUCUGAAAACCUUGUGCAACGGGAUGGUGACUUUCUGGUUCGCGACUCUCUGUCCAGCCCCGGAAACUUUGUCCUGACCUGUCAGUGGAAGAACCUGGCUCAGCACUUCAAGAUCCACCGGACGGUUCUGCGGCUCAGCGAGGCCUACAGCCGCGUGCAAUACCAGUUUGAGAUGGAGAGCUUCGACUCCAUCCCCGGCCUGGUGCGCUGCUAUGUGGGCAACCGGCGGCCCGUCUCCCAGCAGAGCGGUGCCAUCAUCUUCCAGCCCAUCAACAGGACGGUGCCUCUUCGGUGUCUGGAGGAGCGCUAUGGCACGUCCCCAGGCCGGACCCGGGAGGGCAGCCUCACCGAGGGAAGGCAGGACGUGGCCAAGAGGCUGAGCCUCACCAUGGGUGGCGUCCAGGCCCGGGAGCAGAGCUUGCCCAGGGGGAACCUCCUCAGGAAUAAAGAGAAGAGCGGCAGCCAGCCAGCCUGCUUGGAUGACAUGCAGGACAGGAGGGCCUUAGCCCUCAAAGCCCACCAGUCGGAAAGUCACCUUCCAAUCGGCUGUAAGCUGCCUCCCCAGUCCCCAGGCAUGGACAAAAGCCCCUGUCCGAACUCACCUGUGUUCAGGACAGGCAGCGAACCCACCCUGAGCCCAGCAUUGGUUCGGAGGGUCUCCUCAGAUGCUAGAACAGGGGAGGCACUGCGGGGGUCUGACAGCCAGCUGUGCCCCAAGCCGCCCCCCAAGCCCUGCAAGGUGCCCUUCCUCAGAGCUCCCCCAUCCCCAGCUGCCUGGCUCAACUCGGAGGCCAACUACUGUGAACUGAACCCAGCCUCUGCUGCAGGCUGUGACAGAGGAGCAAAGCUGCCCUUACGUGCCCAAGGCAGCCAUGUAGAACUGCUAACAGCCAAGCAGAAUGGGGUGUCUGGUCCCCGGAACUCUGGAACCAACUACUUGAUCCUUGAUGGGGACGAUGGGGCCAGACCUUGGGAACUGCCAGCAGCACAGAUGGGUGAUGGACAGGAGGACAAGGACAAGUUUGUAAUACCUCUCCUGGAGACUGUCUCUUCCUUCAGGCCCAAUGACUUUGUGUCAAAGCUCCUUCCUCCAGAGAACAAGCCCCUGGAAACAGCAAUGUUGAAACGUGCAAAAGAACUGUUCACUAACAACGACCCCAAGGUCAUCGCCCAGCACUUGUUGAGCAUGGACUGCAAGGUUGCUAGGAUACUUGAAGUCUCUGAAGAGAUGAAGAGGAACAUGGGUGUGAGCUCAGGGCUGGAGCUCAUUACCUUGCCUCACGGACACCAGCUUCGCCUGGACAUAAUUGAAAGACACAACACGAUGGCCAUCGGCAUUGCAGUGGACAUUCUGGGCUGCACAGGCACUUUGGAGGACCGCGCAGCCACUCUCAACAGGAUCAUCCAGGUGGCAGUGGAACUGAAAGAUGCCAUGGGAGACCUCUAUUCUUUCUCAGCCAUCAUGAAAGCCCUGGAAAUGCCACAGAUCACAAGGUUAGAAAAAACAUGGACUGCCCUGAGGCACCAGUACACCCAAACCGCCAUCCUCUACGAGAAGCAGCUGAAGCCCUUCAGCAAGAUCCUGCACGAGGGCAGAGAAUCCACGUGUGUCCCCCCCAACAAUGUGUCAGUCCCACUGCUGAUGCCCCUUGUGACUUUAAUGGAGCGCCAGGCUGUCACUUUUGAAGGAACUGACAUGUGGGAGAAAAAUGACCAAAGCUGUGAAAUUAUGCUAAAUCACUUGGCAACAGCACGCUUCAUGGCCAAGACUGUGGACAGCUACCGGAUGAAUGCGGAGAGGAUCCUGGCAGAUUUUCAACCAGAUGAAGAAAUGACUGAAAUCUUGAAGACUGAAUUUCAAAUGCGAUUGCUGUGGGGCAGUAAAGGUGCAGAAGUCAAUCAGACAGAGAGAUAUGAGAAAUUCAACCAGAUUUUAAUAGCUCUCUCACGUAAACUGGAACCACCUCAUGUAAAGCAGGCAGAGCUCUGAAAACUCUCCAGAGAGCCUUUAGGGUAUUAUUUCAAACUUCUCAUCUGAUGAUGUGCAAAUCUCAAACACACAUCUUUAGUAUCCACAGGAUAUUAAAUGUAUAAAUUGCACAGAGCACACUUAUUUAUGAGUUGUUUAAAAUUACUACUGAUUUUUAAAUGAAUGAUAAUUUAUUAUUAAGGUAACUAUUGCUAACAUUGAUCAACAAAUUUAAGAGAAGACUUAGCUAUGUUGGCUGGUUGAUUUCUAUUACCACAGCAUUUGACCAUUUUAGUUUGAAUUCCAUGUCACAUAAGUGUAAAUAGAAGUGUUUAAAAGAAAAGCCUGAAACAUUUCAGAGGUAUCAGUUGUAUGAUAUUCUUCAACUAAAUGUGAAAAAUGUAAAUAGUCAUGAAUGAAAAUAUAUCUUUUUUGUGAAA